ACUCAAUUUUUGUUAGCGUUUGUAAGUCAAGACAUAAAAUCUUGUAUUAUUUUGCAUCUUGAAUAAAUAAAUCUCGUUUUAGUGAUGUUUAGAUAAUUGUAUACGAAAACUAAAGUAAAAAAAAAAGUGUUGUUGUUUUUUUGGAUACUUUAAUGCAAAGCUUCUCACAUUGCAUUCAAGCAAUAGAUUUUAUUCAGAUGUGAGUUCCAAUAUGGCCUUUUUCCUGCUAAUGCAAUGUUUUACCAACUCAGCGAACAACUACAAACUAGCAGCACUUACAGAAGUACCACCACACAUUGAUCAUGUGCACAAAAAAACUAACUUUUGCCAACAUUUCAUGAUUUAAUUUGUUCAAAAGCAACAUUGGUUAAUGGUAAACAUGACAAUGGUAAAGAAAUGCAGUUCUUACUUUAUUCACAGUAUCUUUGCUUUCUUCUGCCCCAGUCCCAUUGAGUCUGAUUGUACUGAAGCAGGAGGAAGGGACCUUGCACGCAUCCUUGAGAAUCUGAUCCUAGUUACAGUAUGUCCAAGCACUGGAACCUAUAAAUACACAGCAAUCGUCAACAGCAAUGAUUCCACUGUGUGGAGAGGCUUUUCUGAGAAUACAAAUGGAUUUUGUGUCUGUUUAUAUAAAGAUCACCAACUUUGUCUGUUCAUGAUGUCAUGUUUCCUGAGCAACGUCAAUUUAUGGAAGAAUUUAAUUCCUUGCAGAAAUCCCACUGCCCUACUUUGCUUCCAGUUGCUGUGGUUCACACAAUGGGUGCUGUGGUGGCAAUUACCACUGGUGUUGGGAAUCCAAGAUGACACUGAUCUUAUCCACUGUGGAGGCUCCUUGUCUAGGUGUCUAGGCUGCUAUGGAGACACUACAGCCUGCUGACAGAGAGAGUGAAGGAACCUUUCAGCUCUGUCGUCAAGGGAAUGCUUUCUUUUCUGGGAUGAAAUCAAGAUUCUGGCAGCUACUCGAUGUCCACCAAUCCAAGAAGAAACCCACAGAGACACUCGGAUAGAAAGAGAUAGUGAGACAGAAAAAAGACACUGAAACUGGAGACGAAACCUCAGGUUGACUUCCUGAGACUACUUCCUCAAUGCAUGGCCGCUACGCAGACCUCAACCUUCAUAUUCUCAUAAGUGACUGCGAGAUGACAAUGGAGAACAUGAAUGUUUCCAACAAUUCUCUGGUUGGCCAUACUUCAGUGGGUAUGUUAGUGUCCAGCUCCAUUUUGGGAAUGUGCUGUGUGCUGGGUUUACCCGGUAAUGUAGCAGUGCUGGUAAUGCUUGCCCGACAUUUAAAGGAGGACAGCAUCACUCCAAAACUGAUGAUGAGUCUGGCCGUCUCUGAUCUGCUGAGUCUGAUUUCAUUGCCUGUGUGGAUCUACGCUCUACUGAACGGCUGGAUUUUUGGCCAAGGUCUGUGCAAGUUCUUGUCUUAUUUAGUGUACUGGAGUUUGUACAGUAGUGUGCUUUGCGUCACCUUGAUGAGCGUGCAGAGAUACAUACAGGUGCUGUAUUCACAGCGAUGGGCUAAGCUUGGAAGAAGUGGACAUAAUGGGCUCAUUUGUGGGAUUUGGACAUUAAGUAGCAUUUUUGCUUCCUAUGCUCUUGUUUACCGAACGGUUAAGAAGAUUAAUGAGAAGUUACACUGCUUUCAAUGUUAUAGAGACAAUCAAGAAAAAACUGCUAUUUUACUUUUAGAGACUUUUGUAAUGUUUUUUGUACCCGUCUUAAGUCUUCUCUGCUUCUACCUUCGACUUCAUCAACGGAUACGUCAAUCAACUUUCAGCAGUAACAGGUUGACAAAACUGGUGGUCAGAAUUAUAGUGACUUUCUUUAUUUUCAGCACCCCAUGCAUGAUUAACAAUAUAGUCCAAAUAGCAGUGCCAAAGAAAUUAGAAGUAAGCAACAAUGUAACUGGGGCUCUUUUCUUCAUCAACAGUUGUGUUAACCCCUUCCUUUAUGCCUUUUCAGCUCGAAUGCUACAAAGCAAAGGCAGACAGCAUUCAGACCAGACACAUGCCUCAGAAUAAAACUAUGUAAACAUAUUCUCAGUACAACUAAGUUUCGCAUUGAUGCAAAGCAGCUAUACAGAAAAUGCAUAGUGAAAACAGUAAACAUAAAAAGUUAGCUUUUAGCUUCUCUCAAAAAGACGGAUGAUUAUGCUAUUUUUAAGGCAGUUUACCAUUAUUUAAUUUUGUUUUUCACUGUUUGUAAAAAAAUAUCCUAUAAUGUUGUUCAAGUCUCCUCAGUUGUAACUCUCUAUUUGUAAAUAAUAACUUUGUGCUUAUUUUUGGCUCCAAAACAUUGAAUCCUCCUUUGUUUGUAAGUCGCUUGUAAUGCAUGUAAAUAUAGGUACAGUACACUUCUCUUGCUCUACUGACCUCUACUCUUAUUAGAAGACGCAAUAUUUUGUAUUAUCUAACACUGUUUUACUUAUUUUUUUCAAAUCAACAAAUUAAAACCUAAUUUUUCA